UUGAGAUCCACCACGAGGAACUACUGCUCGUCUGCUCGAACGCAUCUGGAGUUGUCUCCCGCUGAACACUAUACUGAGUAGACACCACUCUUUUACGCUACGAAUCAUGAAUCGGUACGGCAGAGGGCCGACCAUUGGAGGCCCGUCGAAAGCAACCGCGACUACCUUAUGCCAGAAAUGUCUUAAAAGAGGCCACUAUAGUUACGAGUGCAAAGCUGUUGCUCAAGAACGACCAUAUGUUUCACGCCCUUCGAGAACUCAGCAGCUCUUGAAUCCAAAACUGGUCCCAAAGUUGACGAGUGAGGUUCCGCAGGAACUGCUCAGAAAAAAAGGUGUGGCCGAUGAGCAACUUGCGAAGGCAGAGCAGGAGAGGGGCCGGAAGCGUGAGAGGCAUAGUGAGGAUCCGGAACUUCGAGGUGCACCCAAAAGGAUACGAUCAGCUUCUCACUCAUCUGUCUCGGUGUCAACUAUUUCCACAAACAUGUCUCGAUCGCCAUCCCCAAGAGAGAUAUCAAGACACUCAGCGAGCCGCAAGCCUAUGCGGUCAAACAAAUCAUCUUCUCCACAACGAAGGAACCCUGGCCGUAACGAGUCAAGGUCUGUGACCAGAUCUCCGAGCAUUUCUAGAUCCCCACCGCCUCCAAAGCAUCUUACAGAAUCCGAGAAGAAGCGAAGACGACGUUCCUUCUCAUCCGCAGACUCCUAUACUUCAGAAGACCGACGGAUUUCAAGGGAAAGAACAGAUAGCAGGAGCACCAGGAGAAGAUUCCAGCAAGUAAGCCCACCUGCGAGAGGCAGGAGAACGGGAAGCAGGAGUCCUUACAGGGGAAGACGAAGACUUUCAAAUGAUCGACAGCGUGGAAGCGAUAGGUUCAGUGAUGGCGGCCCUCCCCGUGAUAGCUACAGACCACUGCCAAGAGAAAGGAGCCUGAGUCCUUUUAGCAAGAGGUUGGCCUUGACUCAGGCAAUGAAUAUGGGUCAAUAGGCAAUAUACUUGGCUGAUAGUCUCAAGGCCUUACAACAACCUCAGAGCUUUGAGUGGUCUGCCAGUGAACACUAUAUCUAGGUAAGAUGUGUCUGGAGUAAGUCAACAGUUGUGCUUGGCGUGAAGGUACUGUACUUGAACCUUCAUUCGAAGGAAAGGCAUUCGAUGUCCAAAGGAUACAGCCAUGUGACCUGACCAAGGGGCACAGCCGAAAGUUUAGCCUCCACGAAUUUCUUGUUAGAUGUUGUGCCUAAGAAAUUGUCCUUCUAGAUUCCCA